UUUGUCCUCUUUUAUCGUGAUUUAUUCUGUUUGUUGUCGUCUCCUCUUCCUCUUCUCCGAUCCCCUCAGUGUUUUCUUCGACAAAGUAUUUAUAGACAAUGGCCGAAGCUGACGAUAUCCAGCCUCUUGUUUGUGACAAUGGUACUGGAAUGGUCAAGGCUGGAUUUGCUGGUGAUGAUGCACCUAGAGCAGUGUUUCCCAGUAUUGUUGGCAGACCUCGUCACACUGGUGUUAUGGUUGGGAUGGGCCAAAAAGAUGCUUACGUUGGUGAUGAAGCUCAGUCCAAGAGAGGUAUCCUCACCUUGAAGUAUCCAAUCGAGCACGGAAUUGUGAGCAAUUGGGAUGACAUGGAAAAGAUUUGGAAUCACACCUUUUGCAAUGAGCUCCGUGUAGCUCCUGAGGAGCACCCGAUCCUUUUGACUGAGGCUCCUCUUAACCCCAAGGCUAACAGAGAGAAGAUGACUCAGAUCAUGUUUGAAAGUUUUAAUGUGCCUGCAAUGUAUGUCGCAAUUCAGGCAGUCCUUUCCCUCUAUGCUAGUGGCCGAACAACUGGUAUCGUGCUGGACUCUGGUGAUGGUGUCAGCCAUACUGUUCCCAUUUAUGAAGGAUAUGCACUACCUCAUGCCAUUCUCCGUUUGGAUCUUGCUGGCCGUGAUCUCACGGAUGCACUCAUGAAGAUCCUUACAGAGAGAGGUUAUUCGUUCACUACAACUGCAGAACGGGAAAUUGUAAGGGACAUAAAAGAGAAGCUUGCAUAUGUAGCCCUUGAUUAUGAACAGGAGCUGGAGACUGCCAAGACUAGCUCUGAUGUGGAGAAGAGCUUUGAACUCCCAGAUGGGCAGGUCAUUACUAUUGGUGCUGAGAGAUUUAGGUGCCCGGAGGUCCUCUUCCAGCCAUCAUUGAUUGGCAUGGAAGCUGCUGGAAUCCAUGAGACCACAUAUAAUUCCAUUAUGAAAUGUGAUGUUGAUAUCAGGAAAGAUUUGUAUGGGAACAUCGUGCUCAGUGGUGGAUCAACCAUGUUCGCUGGUAUCGCUGAUCGUAUGAGCAAGGAGAUCACUGCUCUUGCCCCAAGCAGCAUGAAGAUUAAGGUGGUUGCCCCACCUGAACGUAAGUACAGUGUCUGGAUUGGAGGGUCCAUCCUUGCUUCUCUUAGCACUUUCCAACAGAUGUGGAUUUCAAGGGGCGAGUACGAGGAGUCUGGCCCAGCAAUUGUCCAUCGGAAAUGCUUCUGAGCUUCCUUAUGUCCUCCUACUGUGUUUUUUAAGCAGAUUUUUAGGUCAUAGUUAUGGCUUGGCUGAAUUGGUAGGUUUGCUGAGGAUUGUAAGAUUUGCCUUUGGGAUGCCUAUAUGCUUUGUGUUUGGGCUAAUAAGAGCCCUCUUGUUACAUGUCGUUUUGAGCCAAAGGCACCAUCAGUAUUUGUUGUUGGUUCUGUAGACUCCCCCUUCUUCUUCUAUUCUUUGCUUGUUUUGUUUUGGCUAUGACUUGUAACACGGUUGGCAUGUCCAUGGCUUGGCUUUUGGUGUCUUAUUGUAUGAUGAUUUUGUAAGUCCGAGAUCGUCGAAAUGGUCUUUGUAGUUUGGAUUCUUUGUGACAUUAGUUUUUGUUGUCA